GCAGGAGUGGCAUCAUCCCAGUGUAGAGAGGUCUACCCCGAUCUUCACUCUCUCACUCCCCCUCCCAUUCUCUCUCUGUAUCUCUCACUGAUCCCACAGUGUAGUAAAGCGGAUAGGCAGCUAAACAAACAGCGGAAUCUUUUCAGUGAAGACGGCGACGGAGCUCAGAGCUCAUCGUUCCCAGCCCCUGUUCCCUGCGACAAGUGGAUUUCAACCAAGACUUAAAUACUGCAGCAUCAGGACCACUUAUACUCGACGUCUGCAGACCUGCUACAGCGAUCACACCUGAUCGGCUGCAAAAGAAGACAAUACUGCCACUGUCUCUUCUCUUAUAGACGAUAAACUGCGUAGCGUCAAAGGAGGGGAAACAGAUUCAUCAGAGAGGACUCCAGCAGUUGUCCUUCAAGUCAAGAUUGGUGUGAAAAAUGCAUCAGGCAGUAACUCGGUUAUACUGGAUAUGAGCAAAUAUGGGGACUCUGCAAGAAACCAUGACAAGCCAACAGCUUUGACAGCCCAGAAGAAAAUCCAUUUUUUGCAUAUGUGAAAGAUAUUGUCUGUACUCUCUAUUGCCAACUUGCAUAAGAACCUUGUUUCCCUUUGUUUUAAAACAUCCCCUCCUUUCCACUCCCAUCAUGAAGAGUGUAUUGACUGCCCUCACUCCUUCCUGUACCACCUUCCUCUUUCUUCCCUUUUUCAUGCUCUUAUGCCCACCAGCAUUGGUCAGAGGUGACUGCUGGCUCAUCGAGGGGGAUAAAGGUUAUGUGUGGUUGGCCAUCUGCAGCCAGAACCAGCCACCAUAUGAGACAAUCCCGCAGCACAUCAACAACACAGUACAUGACUUGCGACUUAAUGAGAACAAGAUCAAAGCUAUUUUUUUCACCUCCUUGAGUCGCUUCACGAAUCUGACCGACCUAAACCUCACCAAGAAUGAGAUCUCGUACAUCGAAGAUGGCGCUUUUGCAAGCCAAGCAAAUCUACAGGUGUUACAACUUGGAUAUAACAAAUUAACCAACCUGACUGAAGGCAUGUUGCGAGGUCUGGGACGUAUGCAGUGUCUUUUCUUGCAGCACAAUCUCAUAGAAGUCAUUGCCAGUAAUGCAUUCUGGGAGUGCCCCAGCCUUAGCAACCUGGAUUUGUCAUCGAACAAGCUUGCCCGGCUAGACCCAUCUACUUUUACCGUGUUGGGUAGGCUUAUGGGAUGCGAGCUUGCGGGAAACCCUUUUCACUGCGGCUGUGAGCUCUACAGCUUCCUCACCUGGUUAGAGGCCUUCAACAAUGUCACACACACCUAUGAUCGACUUCAGUGCGAGACCCCACGGGAGCUGUUUGGCUAUCCGUUGCUGAGUCCUGUGGCUGGGCACGGACGGAGUGCUCGGUAUAUCCUUUCCUCUGUGUGCCGGGAUGGGGUGCUGAUUCCGGGGAUGACAUCUCUGCCACCUGAUCCUGAUUUUUCAGGCACGGGCCCUGACAUGUUUGAACACAUUGGACCAUACCAUCAGCCCACAACUUCCUCCUCAUCUGACAAUGCAUUUAGUCCCAGCAUCAAACUGCAACAUGUGUCACUUUCCUCUGCUUCCCUUAUGAUCCAGAUUCCAAAGCCAUACAGUAAGAUGUACAUUCUGGUGCAGUACAACCAGAGCUUUGUGUCGGAUGUGAUGAACUUGAAGAAUAAAAAGGAAAUGAUCACCCUUAACAAGCUCAAACCGAACACUAACUACACCUUCUGUGUGGCAUCUAUACGCAACUCACAGCGCUACAACCAUACUUGUUUGUACUUUUCUACCAGAGCUCCAAAUCCAGAUGACUUGAUGCCUCCACCCUCCACGACCACCCACUACAUCAUGACCAUCAUUGGCUGCCUCUUUGGAAUGCUCAUUGUUCUUGGGUUUGUCUACUACUGCUUGCGAAGACGUCGCCGACAAGAAGAGAAAGAAAAAUCCAUUUGCGUGAAGAAGACCAUUCUGGAAAUGCGAUAUGGACCAGAGGUGGCUGCGGCAGUUGCAAAUGACCCCACGGCUGUCCAGAAACUUCAUGAGCAAAGCCACCAUCAGCAUCACCAUGGCAAGCUACCCAUGUCCUCCUCAUCCAGCUCUGCCAUGCUUGGCCUUGGUUCUGCCAACACUAGUUCCUCACGCCUGUCCUCCAUCCCUCAAGUAGAGAAGAUGGCAACUGCCUUCUCAGAGGCCAUGGCCACUAAGGGCAACUACAUGGAUAUUAGGACCUCUGUGGGAGGAGAUGAUAGGGGGAGAGAUGGAGCUGUGGUACAUGGUGUUCUAGAGGAAGACCUCAGGAGGGAUGAUGAAAGUGACCUGGGCGAUGAUUCAGAUGAUGAUGGCCGUGGAUCAGCAUCUGAGAUUUCAACAAUUGCGAUGGAGGUUGACAAGGUCAACCAGAUAAUUAACAACUGCAUUGAUGCCCUCAAGCUGGACUCUGUUGCAACCUCUACCGUUUCCACCACAGCAAGUGGUCCCACCUCACCCCCGCCAACCUCUACCUCCUCCCUGACCAGAGGACUGAUUCCCAUUUCUACUAGUGUCAGUGAUACUUGCCAAGUCCUGCCUUCCCCGAAAAUUCCUCCUCCACCCCCACUUCCCUUCACAGCUCCUCUGUCCGAGAGACCUGGGAUCACUGGGGGCGGCUUUGUGUCACCGCCAUACCGUCCGCCACCCCCUGCUUCUGCAGUAAGGCCCAUUCAAAGACAGAUGAGUGCUGAUGCAGCUGUCAUCGUGUCUUCUUCCAAGAGGCACUGCCGCCCUUCCAGUGGAAAAGGUCGUGUUUACAGCCUAGAUGUUCCAGAACCCCACAGCCCAGAUCCCUGCCAGUAUCCAGACAAGGGCAGUCCUUUGGGGUGUGGUGAGCCCCUCGAGAGGCUCCCUUUAGUAGGUAGUGGUGGAGGUGGUGGCUGUAGCAUUGAUGGUGGUACUGUAGAUGGGAUGGCCCUUCAACAGCACCUGGAGGUGCACCCAGACUACCACUGUGCAGAGCAUCGUCACUCAGUCCCUGCCCUUUACUAUGAGGGUUCCCAUGACUCCCCAGCCCAAAGGGUCUCUUUUCUCAAGCCUCUGUCACGCACCAAGAGAGACGCUACUUCCUACUCUCAGCUCUCUCCACGUCACCACAAUUACUCUGGCUACUCCUCGAGUCCAGAGUACUCCUCCGAGAGCACCUUGCGCAUCUGGGAGCGCUUCCGCCCACACAGAAAGGGCCCGCGCGAGGAGUCCUGUUAUGUAACGGCCGGAAACGCCUUGCGCAAAAAGGUCCAGUUUGCCAAGGGGGAGGACUUGCAUGACAUCCUUGACUACUGGAAGGGUGUGUCGGCACAGCAAAAGCUGUAAUCUAUGCGACUGCGUGGAAACACAGCGCAGGUCUACUUCACUGCCUGGUAAACCUGAAGAGCGACUGUAGUGAGGAAGUCGGGUUAUGGCUGCAGCGUGCAAAGCAGAGCUAAGUUUGUCAGGGUUUGAGGACAAGAUGUUUUUAUCUGUUUUUGUACAGUGAGCCAGAAAGAGAGCAAAAGAGCCUGAGGAUACAUACGUAAGAUAACAUUCAGAGAUAUAAUUUGGAGCACUGACAAUUGUCGUACUCUGUGAGUGAAAAAGGUCAAAUGGGCUUAUCAUUUGUCAAUAAUUGAAAUAAUUGUAUUUUACUCAGUAUUCAUCUGUGUAUUCAUCGUUCAUAUCAAUGGUGAGACCUUUGUAACCCAAGUCCUCAUUCAGCCUGAGACAGAAUCUCUGUUCAUACUCCCACUCAAAUCAUAGGCCAUCGCAAUCAUUUGUUAGGGACGGGAAUGUGUAUGAGUGUGUGUUUUAGGAGGAUAAAAUGAUGUGCUGAUUUUCUACAAACCUGUCAAAAGCAGUUUCCCCCUCCAUAUUGCAGAGACUAUGCACAGGCCAAGCACAUUUACAUUUCAAUAGCACUCCUCAUGUGAAAAAUAAAGGAAUGGAGGGAAGGAAAAGAUAAAAAAUGAAACAGAAGAAUCUCCCUGGGGAGCUUUGGAACAGUCAGCCGUGUUUGGCAGCUGCUUGCUGUGCUGAGCAGGAUGACAUAAAUAGUGCAAGGGGUGCUAGAGAAAAUACUGUAGGUUUACUAGGGUCUGUGGAAAAUGCGUAGAUUUGUGUUUGAGAUUAAACAGACAUAGCUCUGUGCUUCUCUCAUCACUGAUGCAUUAUUAAUAGCAUUUCCUUAUCAGAGGUUACCUUGUCACCUGUAUCACAGCAUGAGCGCAAAGUUGGCAGCACAGGUUUAUGUAUUCUGUUCCUCGGCCCUAAGGUCAAUUUGUUUAGUCCAUUAAUUGGCUUUUGGAAGCCUGUUGCUGACAGCUAAGACAUUCAACAGGCAAAGUGACCUAGACCCUGUUGUGGCACUUUUAAACUGAUACUUUACAUGACAUGUUUCUCCAGGCUCUUUAUUUAUUCAUUCAUUUAUUUACUGGGGAAUUAUUAUGAUGCUGACAUUGAAAUAGUAACAAAAUAACAAAGAGCAAGAAUUAAUUAAUUAAAUUAUAUUAAAAAAUAACAAAGAAUUUAUUUUAAUGAAUAGAUAUUUUACGCUCUUGUUAUCACUACCGACCUUGGGUUUCAAUGUUGAUAAUAGCUCUUCCCACUUAAUCUCAAAUACAGAUCUCAUAGGACUUUUCAUUUCAUAAUACAUUAUUAAUAGUAUGAUUUAUUGUAAAAAUGACAAAUAUUAUUAACUCCAACACCUCUGUCAGCUAUUAUUUUAUUAAUGUCCAGUUAGAUUAGACUAACUAAUUAGCAAUUAACCAAGGCUAUAUCCUUUAGUGUGCAAGGGUAAGCAGCCAAGACCUCCGAUUUGAUUAAAAGAGAUCACUCUUUCUUCUUUCUCUCAGCAACCACAUUCAGCCUACAGUUUCAUGGGCCAAUAAACCAAAAAAUUAGAUUAGUGGCACUGUGGGAAAAUAUACAUCCGUUUACAAUGCACUCUCAUACUCUAAGUACGAAAUGACAGGUGAGACAUCCAACAGGCACAAGAAUGAAAUGAAGUAUAAUUAUACCCCCACCCCCUCUAAACACAUGGAUUAAAGGGAUAGUUUCACCCAAAUGUUAAAAUUCUGUACUCAGCCUUGUGUUGCUCAAAAACUGUAUGAUUUAUUUUCUUCUGCAGAACACAAGAGGUGACAUUUUGAACUGUUUUCCAUCCCUUUUCCAUACAUAUACAAUGAACGGCGCCUGAGCUUUCAAACUUCAGAAAGGACACAAAAAGUCUGUUUGUCAAAGCUGUUGUGUGUCCUCAAAAGACUUGGAAUGUAGCAUACGAGUCAUAUAAACCACUUUCAUGAUACUUUUAUGCUUUCGCAUCCUUUUUGGAGCUUAAAAGCUGCAGUCAUGCUUCAUUAUAAUUGCAUGGGAAAGAGCAUGGGAAACUUUUCAGACUUCACAAUCCAUAAUGGUUUUUCUAAGAACUUAUUAACAUCACUUCUGGCGAAACAUGUCUGAGAUGUCCACUUUGAAAUUCAUGAGAUAAAACGGAAUGCAAACAGCUCAUAUGGGGGUUAGCAUUUGCCAGCAAACCUCUUUAUUUUACCCCCUUUUUCAACAUCAGGUGUUUUUGUGCCUUCAAGGGUCCAUUAUUUCUUCUAGCCGCUCUUAAUUUUUAUGCUGUGUGGUUCAUUUUCUGUAUUUCAUUCUUCGUAUAUCCCUUUAUUUAACAAGGGGUUUGUUGUAAAUACGUGUUCAUAUACCGUCUUUCUUACCAUUGCUCUCAAUGAAGGUUUUUCAUUGUAAAUACGCGAUAGAUACCUGCCAACAUUGGACAUACACUCAGGCACAAUGUUUCUUUGGUUCUCUCUCUUUCGGAGGCUUUUAAAAAAAUCAGUCCAAGGUAUAUACGACGACAGGUUGUUUACAGGAUGCUUAAUGGUUUACACAAAGAAGAACAGCAGCAGCUAUAACAUGUGGACUAUUAGGGCACUGUUUGUGUACUUAAAGAAGACUUUACAGACCCUGGACAAACAGUUCUCGGGCAAAUGAAAUGGACCCACGAAGGACUGCUACCGGAGGCUUACUGUGACAUUUUCCUUACUUCACGAACUUGAUUUUCAAACCACUUGGACUGGUCUUAAGGAACUAAUCAUGAACACUCAAUCAUAAAUGACUGUUCAUUUUUAUAACAGCAAAAUCUGAUGCCCAGCUUUAUGUUUUUAGAUCUGGUUUUUAUUGUGCCUACCCUCAUUGACAAAGACAAAAGAAAGCAAAAAAGGAAAAUGAAAAAAAAAGACUUUGCACUCCUGUACAAAUGCUUGUCAGCCAUUUUUUGCUAUAAAUUCAAAAGAAAGAAGUAAUAAUACAAUUGGCAUGGCAUCUGUAAGAUUUUUCUGUUAUGUAUUAUUUGUUUAAGAAAAUGUGUACUGCUUUUUCUUAUCAUUCUUUGCUGGGGAGUAAGACUGUGGUGUUCUCUUUUCUCUUGGUGUUCUCUUGCUCAAGGUCAAUCUCCUAUUCGUUCAGGACAAACAAACAAAUCGGUUAUUUCAAGUUCACCGAAUUCCAUUUUUAUAUCAAACCUUCAUUUCAUGAAUUAAAUUAUUCAUUCUUUAUUUAUUUAUUUUUACUCAGCCUUUAACUUUUGACUUGACAAAUCAUGGAUAAUUACCCGGUUCAGCCAAACAACAUUUGUUUACUACUUCCCUAUUACAGAACUAACAGGCAACGGUACUCAUUUUUAUGGCAAUGCCGCUUUCUUUGCGCUGAACUGAUCGUAGUGGUCGACUGGAGGUCAGAGUUUCACCUCUUGGAAUACUGCUGUUUUUUUUGCGGAGUUGAAUAAUGCAUGUGUCUGUCUCUUCUUCUCAAUCCUGUGCUCAAGUAUCAUUAUAUUCCUGCUCCAUGCUAGCCUCACUGUCAACAGCUUGAUUUUGUUAACAAUUUGACAUUCAGAAGUUCCUGAAGAACUAAUUUUGGCCUGGAGUGUCACGUUGACUCUGGUUAAACAAAACAGUGAUCUGUUUGCAGUCUGUUUGUUUUCUACAACCUGUAACCAGUCAGUAUCACAAGACAUAGGAUAUUUGACUUAUGUUUGGUCAUAGUGUCAUAUUUUCAUAGCCUUUUUGUACUAAUACAUUUUUUUGAAGGCCUUUUCGCUAUAGUUGUGUUAAGGAAGUUGGUUGAAAAUACUUUGACAUUAAUCAUUGUCAGCUUUCAGCAAUAUUACACAGAGCGUAAAGUGGAUUACUCUUCCACAGCAGUUUUUACUUUUCUAAGCUCUUUAGCCUCCUCUUAGUGUUAGACACUAUGGAAGGAGAUUGGCUUGAAAGGAGCAAAGGAGAUAUGGUUUAGUGCUUUGAAAUAAGAUUUUCAUUCCAGCCUCCUUUCUUUUCAAUGGCCGUGGAAUCGCAAGAAAGUGACAAAGGUAAAACUUUUGGAGCUAAUUAACUAGUUCUGUCAUAUAAAUCCCCAAUAUUCAUUACUUCUUUUGAAACUAAGGUUGCUUUGAUUUUUCUCAAUUUGUAAUUAACACAUUUAAAAAAAAUCAAUUACUUCUUUUCACAAGAACAGAAUCCAUAUUUAACUGACUUAUAAUUACUCAGGACUAAAUAUUGUUUGUCAAGCUUAUUAUUAAAAUCCCCUCAAAAUCCAAUGCAAACGACUACAUGCAGUCAACAUGUUCUGAUGUGUUUUUGAAGGUCCUCCUCGCUGGUUUUACCCGUCUUUGUUCAUGCUCAAAAGAAGCAUAGAGAAAAAUCACUCCGAGGGUCUCUGGAGUCAGGAUAAUUGUGCCUCUUUUAUGAAGCUUUUAAGUCGUUUUCUCCCUCUUUGCGCAGAAGAGCACCACACUGCCACAUUUUCCCUCUGAUAUUUUCCACUUGUUUGUUCUUUUCUCUCAAAUGUUCUCUGAAUUCUGGUUUGACGGCAGGGUGGAAAACGAGAGACAGGCAGCAGGAUGGAUAACCGCAAUUGUUUAGAACUAGAGGAGACAAUAAAAGGCCCAGUUUCUGCUCUUCUCCAGCAUGCAGCCCAAGGGCUUUGAUAACCUAAUUAAGGCAUAAAUCUUUAUAUUAAACUGCGAUGGAGAGACAAAAGCAUGCGUUGAGUGAAGAAGAAAGUGCAUGAGAGAGGGGUUAACUCUGAACGAGCUCAUCAAAGUGAGUCAGAGAAUGUCGGUAUGAUGAUGAAAAACACAUUAAACACUCAGGAUCAGGAGGAGAUGGUAAAUCAGGGCUGGAGAUGAUGCAGCAAGUGUGUAGGAGUACUUUGAGAGGAGAGAGAGAAACAGAGUACGCAAGCUGCAUCAACCUGAUAAUGGCUGGAGCCUUGAAUGAAUAAACAACAUGCCUAUUCUGUAAUGUUAUAAAGGGGAAAAAGACCACCUUAGAUGAUUCUGAGAACUGAUUUAGAUCCAUAUGUGGUUCACUGAUUAAGUUCAAAGGGAUAGUUUACCCUAAAAUGAAAACAUUCACCCUCACGGUGUUUUGUUUUGUUUUUUGUUGUAGCAUAACAGCCAUAGCCACUAAUAGGGCUUUCGCACUGCAUACUCAGUUCUAGGAACUAGCCACCAUGGUGGUUCCUAGAGAACCAAUUUUCCCCCUCGGGCUGUUUUCCUGGUUGCAUUUGCACCGACAGCAGGAACUCUGAAGUGGCCGACAGCGCAUUUACAAACAUCAUCAACCGGUGAAUGGUGAGCACCAUGAUCUGAGCUGUUUUUGUUGUAUCGUGGGUCACCAUUUAUGCGAUUGAAAAACCAUGAAAAUCUGACUAAAUCUCUUAUGACAACUUGCUUGUUUUCCAUAUUUGUGGAGUAAAUCUUUUAAAAAUGCACAGUAGCCGUAUGCGUUUCGGCCAAUCAGCAUAUGUUUCCAUUACUCUUAAAACUGCGCAAACUGAAAUUGCGAAUUGAAAAUACGCAUAAUGGAAACACGUCAAUUUCACAAAAAACUCCCAUAUAUAGCUAGAAAGUUUUUCGCUCGCAUGACGUGGUUUUUCAGGCAGUUCGAAAGAAGGAAUAUUUCGCAACCCUGUAAUUGAAACAGCUUUUUCACAUUAGCAGGUCACCUUGCGUAUGUAAAAGUCACAUGAUCAUUCUUUAAUGUACCGUAACCUCAAAAAAAAAACACCUCAUAUGUGGCCGCUUACACAAGCAUUGACUACACAGUGCUUGAAUAAUGGGCCUCCCUUGCCAUUAAAGCUUGGACAACCCCUUAUUUACACUGCGCAAUUCUGCGGCGCUGAUCACAGACACUCCAUACUUUAUAGUCUGACCAGGCAUGCUGCAGCUCGUUUCAGUUUCAGAAGCAGCCCAGAAGUGGAUCUCCAUGCUGGUUCUGUAAAGAUGCCUACAUCUCCUAUGAUUAAAAUUAAUGGCUAGUGCGCUGGCUCGACACACAUAAACCUACCAAUGUCCAUUGCCAUGACUUAACGCGAGAGGAAGCAAUUGCGCUUUAGUUGUAUUACUACGUUAAUGGAAACGCCGUCGUUUAUAAAAGCAUCGCAAAAGUUUUGUGCAAAUCUGUAAUGAAAAUGCACUUACUAGUUCCUAUUGAACUGUUUUAUGCUGUGCUCCAGACAACUCAAAAUUAGGAAAGGCAUCAUUUUAUGUAUUUUUCUUCUGUUUUUGCUGUAGUUGAGAGAAAUAUGUUUGAGAAAAACGUGACGUGUGAUUCGGUGUAAACUUAAAAACUAGUUCAAUACAAAAGCAUUGUUUAGUGUAAAACAUGUCAAUUCAUUCAUUCGUUUCCUUUAAAAAGCUGUUUAUUCAGGGUAGUGUCGCCUUCCUUCAUUGACAUCCAUUCAAAGAAAAUGGCCUUUGGUCUCCUUUCCCAAACUGGAAGCAUUAGCCGUUGCGCUUUUUUAGCUAAAGGUUGCAGGCUUACCUUCUGUUGGCUUUAAACUCAGAUUAUCCCUCUUCCGAACUUGUCUGGAAUGUGGCAUUAUACUCUGAAGUAGGAGUAGUAACACACCAAAAAGUGGGAACUUUUUUGCCACAGUUAAAAAAAAAAAGUUAUUUCAACUUAAAAAAGCAAGCGUUUAAGUUUACUCAACUCAAAUAUCCACAUUUUCACAUAGUACAACUUAACAUUUCAUGUUGACCUAACUUAAAAUGUGAAGGCAGUACGAACACUUACUUUUUAAGUGGAAAUAACUGUUUUUUUGUUGUUGUUGUUGUUGUUGUUGUUUUUACAGUGUAGUUCUAGGAACUAUAAAAAAGGUUCCUCCGGUGCAAAAGCCACCUAUAAGAAAAGCUGUGUGAAUCUUUUAAAAUAUAACUUUUUUGUUGUUCCACAGAAGAAAGAAUGUUAUUUGAAUUUUGGAAUAUAAAUACAAAAUAGCAGUUGUCAUUAUGAUGUAGAGACCUUUGCUCUCUCCUCUCAGAAAUCGUGGGAAAUGUUUAAAAUACAAGUGGGAAUAUCAAAGGAGCUAACUAGGAUUUUCCCAGCGAUUCACAUUAGGAGAUCACACCGGUUAAUCCUGGCUACUGUUUCAUCCCUCUCCAUCACUCACUUCUCAAUUAACUUUAGACUCCAUCAGCCUGAUGUCCUUGUAAUCUUUCACUCAUUCUCACUCUCCGUCUACAAGUGUCCAACAAUAGGAGUUUUUUUAAAUGCAAAGUCCAAAAUGUUUCAGCAUAGAGGGGCUUGCGAACUAAUGAAGAGAAUUUUCUUUUUUUUUUUUGUGGAAGCAUGCACAUCUCAGAGUGUUUUUUUGUGUAUAAAUUGCUGAGGAUUCACUGAAUGUGACUUACAGCCUGACUUUGGCUCUUUGUAAAGCGGGUAGAAAUCAGAGAAGGAGUUUGUGGUGGUGGUGUUUGGGUCUACUCUAUCGUUCAUUUGAUUAUCAGUCAAUUUCAACACACAAAUAAUGUGUUUUGCUGAACCUGAGGGUAAAAUGUACAAAAGGGUUACAAAAGCCUUUUCAUGUGUUUCAUUUAGUUUUUUAAUCCUCCAGUAUAAUAAUCUCCUCACAUGAUGUUGGCAUGCGGUUGGCGGGUCUGUCUAUGUGCUCUUGAGCAUCUUUGAGCCUUCACCUGUCCCAAAAUAUGGCUCAGGAACUUUUAUGACAAUUAUUAGCUUGCGUUUCUUUUCUUCUCAUUUGCCCUCCUUUCACAAAUAUGAUUUCCUAUUCCAAAAAAAAAAGAGAGAAAAAACAAAAAAAGGAGGUAAAUAGUAGACAAAUAGCUAUAUUUGUGAAUUUCAAACUUUGUAAAAAGAUCAAAGUUGUUUUUUGUCACUGAAGUUCUAGUUGUAAUUGUUAUUAUUAUGUUUCCGGGUGGGAGGUUUCGGGUAAUAUGUUGUAUAGCUUUGGACUGGGUUAGUGCAGUGAUCCACGUAAUCCAGAUCCGAUUCAAUCUGAGACAAUAGAAAGUGGCAGAAAAAGAAACAGUGUUAUGUUUGCAUGAUUUCCUGUAUUUUUCAAAGAGAUGAAUUAUAUUGUUGUGUAUAUUGAGUGGAUAUAUGUUGCAAACAAAGCAAAAAUUAGGCAUUGAAAUAUUGUCAGAACUUGCCAUCAUUUUGAGGGAUGAUACUGAGGUUUAUUUAUACCUCAGUGAUACUGAACUACUUCCAUUGCUGUCACUGAAACGUAUUACAGUUUUAAACCAAGAAAAAAGCUGCCUGAAACAAUGCCAUGGGAAAGCUUUGUAUUCUGCCAUAAAAAAAAAUGGAUUUAUUGGUCAGACUUGUUUAGUGCCAGAAUAAGGCCUUUAUCAUUUAUGGUUAUUUCCCUGCAAUGAAAAAGAAAAGCGAGAUUCUAGCUGGGUCAAUUCAUCCUUUGCAGAACUCAGUGCCGCCCAGCAGACUCCAGAUCAAUAAAUGAGAGUAUA